ACAAGCUGAUAAUCAGGGUUUGUUCUCUCGCCAGAAAUUUGGCUCGUCCCGAGGGAUUCUAGGUGCGUCUAGCGAGGAAUGCGAGGCUGGAGAGAUGUUCUCGUCGAUGUCGGCCCCGCAUUCUCCCGCAGUAAGCAGCUUCGGUGGUUCUUGGGCAAGAAAUUUCAGAUGCUUGAGUCUGGAGCGUCCGGUUUUGUGGAUUUCGAGGUCAAGGCCGCUCAACCGCAGUGUAAGGGCGACGCUCACGGAUGAUUCUUCCUCCUCGAACAACGGGUUUUGCAUCAUCGAGAGCCGAGACACCGUCGUCGAUCUCGCGAAAAUGCAGUUCGAGGAGCUCAGGGACAACGUGAAAAGCCGCCGCAACAAAAUCUUCUUUCUCAUGGAGGAGGUUAGAAGACUGAGGAUCCAGCAGCGAUUGAAAGGCGCCGAGCUAGGCCUGGAAGAGGAGGACGAGGAGAACGAUCUGCCAGAGUAUUCAUCGUUGUUUCCAUUUCUUCCACCUUUGACAUACACGACGUUGAAGUUAUACUAUGCAACUUGCUUUGCCUUGUGCGGUGGAGUCAUCCUUUUCGGUGGCCUUCUAGCUCCUGUUCUGGAGCUCCGACUUGGGGUUGGAUUUACCUCCUAUACCGAUUUCAUUCACAAGAUGCACUUACCCGAGCAGCUAAGUCAGGUCGAUCCAAUCGUUGCUUCGUUUUCGGGUGGGGCAGUCGGAGUCUUAUCGUCUCUGAUGGUGGUGGAAGCUAAUAACAUCCGGCAGCAGGAUAAGCAGAGGUGCAAGUACUGUCAUGGAACUGGCUAUCUGUCGUGCGCUCUAUGCUCAGCUGCUGGAACUGUAGCGAGGCCGGAAUCCAUGGAACGUAAGAGAUGUCCAAACUGCUUUGGCGUGACGAAGGUGAUGUGUCCUACUUGUUUGUGCACAGGAAUGGCACUUGCUACUGAACACGACCGUCGAAUCGAUCCUUUCGACUGAUGAGUGAGAAGCGGUGGCAAGUCUGACGACGAGGCAAGGAAGAAGUUCCUGUCGAGCAGAGAAGUUGCCUAUUAGAAGAGAGAUCUCAGGAGAUGGGUGAUGGAGAAAGCAGACUUAACAGCGGGGGAGACGAGGAGAAUGAGCGUGAUGGGCUUGUCUCGGUUCAUAGCCGGCACAGCCACGCCGAGGAUAUGGAUGGAGGAAGCCUUUUCGCGACGCGUUGGAGGACAUGGAAGCUUUGCUCUUGCGAGCGUCCUCCCGACACACGUACUAUUGUGUUUGAUCCAAAUUUCAGGCAAAAGCCUUCGAUUAAACAACACAUAAGCUCCAAGCUGAAAAGAUUCA